AUGAAAGAUGUUCAUCACCAUUCGGUUGGAUUAUUGCAACGCUUGCCAAUCCCUGAUUUAGUGUUCGAAGACAUAGCAAUGGAUUUUAUCACUUGCUUACAAAGCUCAAAGGGAAAAUCUACUCUCAUGACAGUGGUUGAUUGUUUGACGAAGUAUGGUCACUUCAUUCCCUUACCGUCCACUUUUUCCACAAAAAUUGUUGCUGAAACCUUUGUGGUGGGAGUUAUUCGUCUUCAUGGACCCACAAGAACCAUAGUCACUGAUCGUGAUCCUCGAUUCUUGCACCCCUUCUGGGAAGAAAUCAAUUAUUUGCAUGGCACUUCUUUGGGAAUGAAGUGCCACACCAUUGGGUUUCCAUGUUGCCAUGAGCCGAAUAUUGGUACUAUACAUCGCUCCAAACUUCGGCAGGUGUUUGUCAAGCUUAAGCCAUACCGUCAAAACACUGCGCGCCUACAACAACAUCAUAAGCUGGGCAGGUGUUAUUUUGGACCAUUUCAAGUGCUUAAGCGUCUUGGUGAAGUGGCAUACAAGCUAGAAUUGCCAGCCAUGGCCCGCAUUCACCCUGCUUUUCAUGUUUCAAUAUUAAAGAGAUGCCUUGGAGAGCCAGAGCAACAAAUUACUCUGUUAAGUAUAAUUGAUUUAACUGAGCAUGGGGUUAAGUCUUCCCAGAACCUUAAGGACAAGGUUCUUUCGCAGGAGGGAAGUAUUGUUAUAGAGUAUAAUGAUGACGUGGAGGACAACAAGGCUAAAUCAGAAGAUAAUUUUAUUCAGGCUAGAGGGAGUAAUUGUGUGAAAAUACCAUCUAAAAUAUUUGUUGACUUUGUCUAA